CGUCUUCUUCCCCGAGACAAGCCCACGGGGCGUCCUCGUCCUCCUUCCUCCUUCCUACUGGCCGCUGGAGACUGGUGGUCUCCUCCCCUCCGGCCGCCGCCGCGCUCGCAGGCCACGACGGCCAUGGAGCCCCGCCGCUCCUCCGCCCGCAGGUUUCUGUUCUCCAGUGCUAAAGUUCCCCAACAGUGACAAUUUCUAAAGCUCAACAGAACUAGAUGAUACUUGCAUAAUGUGGCCCUCAGAUAUUUGGCAGGCGCAUGCAGGGUCAUCACAGUCAGAGGGAUCAGAACUGGAUAUGGAGAGAAACGGAUGCAACCAUAAUUGUUGCCCAUCUCCUCUCCAACCAAUUGCAUCAGGUGGUCAGCACUCUGAAAGCAGCGCUGCAUACUUCUCUUGGCCAACAUCUACUCUAAUGCACGGUUCUGCCGAAGGCCGUGCUAAUUACUUUGGGAACCUACAGAAGGGUGUGUUACCAGGACAUCUUGGCCGCUUGCCAACAGGGCAGCGAGCCACCACCUUGCUUGAUUUGAUGAUUAUAAGAGCUUUCCACAGCAAGAUCCUACGCCGCUUUAGUCUUGGUACAGCAAUAGGGUUUCGAAUCAAGAAGGGUACAUUGACUGAUACUCCUGCCAUCCUUGUUUUUGUUGCUCGGAAGGUGCACAGAAAGUGGCUCAGCACUACACAGUGCCUUCCGGCUCACCUUGAGGGACCUGGGGGGGUGUGGUGUGAUGUUGAUGUCGUUGAAUUCUCUUACUACGGGGCACCAGCACCAACUCCAAAGGAGCAAUUGUAUGAUGAGCUUGUUGAUGGUCUGCGUGGUAGUGAUCCAACUAUUGGCUCUGGUUCACAGGUAGCUAGCCUUGAAACAUAUGGUACAUUGGGUGCCAUUGUAAAGAGUCGAACUGGUAAUAAACAAGUAGGCUUCCUGACAAACAGGCAUGUUGCAGUUGACCUGGAUUACCCUAAUCAGAAGAUGUUCCAUCCCUUGCCCCCUAAUCUUGGGCCUGGCGUUUACCUAGGUGCUGUUGAGAGAGCAACAUCAUUUAUCACCGAUGAUGUUUGGUACGGUAUCUAUGCGGGAACGAAUCCAGAAACAUUUGUCAGAGCUGAUGGUGCAUUUAUACCGUUUGCUGAUGAUUUUGACAUAACUAGUGUUGUUACCACCUCGGUCAAAGGAGUUGGAGUCAUUGGUGAUGUAAAGGCAAUCGAUCUACAAUCCCCAAUUAGUAGUCUCAUUGGUAGACAGGUCGUCAAAGUUGGAAGAAGCUCCGGUUUGACAACAGGGACCGUUGUGGCAUACGCUCUUGAAUACAAUGAUGAGAAGGGCAUAUGCUUCUUCACGGACUUUCUUGUUGUUGGGGAGAACCAACAAACAUUUGAUCUUGAAGGGGACAGCGGAAGCCUUAUAAUCUUAACGGGAAAAGACGAUGAAAAGCCACAGCCCAUCGGGAUUAUAUGGGGUGGCACUGCCAAUCGGGGUAGGUUGAAGCUCAAAAGUGGUCAGGGUCCAGAGAACUGGACAAGUGGGGUUGAUCUCGGCCGGCUUCUGGAUCUGUUGGAGCUUGAUCUAAUCACCACGAGCGAAGGACUACAAGAGGCCCUAAAGGAACAACAGAUUAUUUUAGCUGCUGCUGCUGCAGCAGCUAAUUCGACUGCCGCCACAGAAUCGUCCCCCGUCGCUGGCCCUCAAGAAAACGAGAAGGUUGACAAGAUUUACGAGCCUCUUGGAAUCAACAUCCAACAGCUUCCAAGAGACAGUACAGCCACAUCCACUGACCAACCCUUUGGCCCCAGCGAGUUCCAUGUCGACACUGUGGAAGGCGGCGUCCUCAACAACGUCGAGGAGCACCAGUUCCUCAUCGGCAUGUCCCCAGCGCGUGAGGAAGUCGGCCAGGACGCCAACGGCGAGCUGAACAGCAGCCUCGUGGAGCUGGAGAAUUCGCCCGAAGACAUCUGCUUCUCGCUGCAUCUGGGCGAGAGGGAGCCCAAGCGGCUCCGCUCCGAUUCGUCGUCGCUGGACAUAGACCUGCAGAAAUGAGAUGCAGCUCUGCUGCUGCUGCUGCCUCCAUCACCACCCAGCUCUGUAUGGCCUAGUGAAAGGCAGUUCCAUUUCUGUGCACCCAAUAGAAAUAAACUUUAAUUUUCUGAACCUUAUUGUGCCAGUUCAGGUUACAGAUAUCCUUAUGUCAGGGUGGUUACCCCUGCAGUUCUUUCUUCUUUCUUUCCUGCCACUUACAGUAGUUUUUAUAAGGAGGGGGUAAUUGAAUUAGAUGAAGGUGCCCUAUUCCUUGGCCAUGUAAUCUUGCCAUUUAUUGUAGGGGCAAUAUACUUUUGUGUA